GCUGGGGCGGGCCGCGGCCGAGCCCAGCCGAGCCCAGCGGGCUUCAGCGGCAAAAUGAUGGCGCAGAGAGCACUUCCCAACCCCUACGCGGACUACGACAAGUCCUUGGCCACCGGCUACUUCGACGCGGCCGGGCGGCUGACCCCCGAGUUCACACAGCGGCUGAAUAACAAAAUCAGGGAGCUGCUGCAGCAGAUGGAGAGGGGCCUCAAGUCGGCCGACCCGCAUGACUGCACCGCGUACACUGGCUGGACAGGCAUUGCUUUGCUGUAUUUGCACCUGUAUGAUGUCUAUGGAGACCCAGCCUACCUUGAGGCAGCCCAUGAUUACGUGAAGAAGAGCCUGAGAUGCAUGACCAAGCGAUCCAUCACUUUCUUGUGUGGUGAUGCCGGGCCCCUGGCAGUGGCUGCUGUCAUCUACCACAAGCUGCAGAACCAGAAGCAGGCAGAGGACUGCAUCAUCCGUUUGCUCCACCUGCACAAGACUGACCCACGAGUGCCAGAUGAGCUCCUCUAUGGGCGCAUGGGCUACCUCUCUGCACUGCUGUUUGUGAAUAAGCACUUUGGAGAGGAAAAGAUCCCUCUGAGUCAUAUUCAGCAGGUCUGCGAAGCAGUUGUGGCCUCAGGAGAGACAUUAUCCAAAAGGAGGAACUUCACAGCAAAGAGCCCACUGAUGUAUGAGUGGUACCAGGAGUACUAUGUAGGAGCAGCCCAUGGUUUGGCUGGGAUUUACUAUUAUCUCAUGCAGCCUGGCUUUGGAGUGAGCCAAGUAAAGCUGCACAACACAGUCAAGCCCAGUGUGGACUAUGUCUGCCAGCUCAAGUUCCUAUCCGGGAAUUACCCUCCGUGUAUCGGUGACACCAGAGACCUGCUCGUCCACUGGUGCCAUGGAGCACCAGGUGUAAUCUACAUGCUUAUCCAGGCAUACAAGGUCUUUGGGGAGCAGCAGUACCUGAAUGAUGCCCUGCAGUGUGCAGAAGUGAUCUGGCAGUAUGGGUUACUGAAAAAAGGCUACGGGUUGUGCCAUGGCACAGCUGGCAACGCUUAUGCCUUCCUGGCACUAUACAACCUCACUCAGAACAUGAAAUACCUCUACAGGGCCUGCAAGUUUGCAGAGUGGUGUUUAAGCUAUGGGCAGCAUGGGUGCCGGACUCCAGACACACCAUUCUCUCUCUUUGAAGGAAUGGCUGGAACAAUUUACUUUCUUGCUGACCUGCUGGUGCCUACCAAGGCCAGGUUCCCUGCAUUCGAACUCUGAACCUGAAUCCUGCUUGGCAGUUUGCUGCCUGUAUCCUUCUGCACUUGGAAACGCAGUUCAAGGCUGCUUUCUCCUUUUUCCAGGCUCAUCAUUGUUCACCUAACUGAAUGUAAAUCCAUCCUCCUGAGUUCUCUAACAUUUCUAGUUGUCUCAUUACAUUGUUUAGUUUAAAAGACAGAAUGCAGAUUGCUGUUGUCCCUUAAAAACUCAGGGCUGCAGGUGGGAGCAGGGAGAACUGUACAGUGUUUUGUUGGCUACAGAGUUUUGCUAUUUCCUGUAUCCCAUUUCCUGGGAAGAAGUUUUUUAUUGAAUGUGACCUGGGCUAUUUAACUUCUUUUUGUGCUAACAAAUAGAAUUGUUGCAGGAAUUUAGCUGCCUUUGGAGAACAACUGAUGGAAAGCUGAGACUGUUGCCCUGGAAGUUGUUUUCAAGUGUUUUCUUUCUGAGCACCCAGAGAGCAGAUGGUUCAGUAUCUGGGCUGUGCCACGUGAAGCGAAUGUGAUGGACUGUGGAGUCUGAGAUGUAUUUGUAAUAUCUUAUUGCAGCUGGCAAAGCUGGAACUGACAUGCCAAAGGCUUGUCCUGGGUUUGCACCUCUCUGCCCUAAAGGCAAAAGCUAUGUAUAGCACUUCUGUGCAUUUGUUCCAGUGACAGACAAGGAAUCCACUGCCAUCUUACAUUAAACCUUGCUAGUCCAUUGGUCAUCCAGUGGCAACCUCCAGUCCGAAAGUGAGCUAAGCAUGCUUGCUUUUGUGCUGUCUUGUUAGCUUUGAGAGCUUAUUUUGCAGUCUUUAUUUAAAUUUGUGUAUUAGGUGGUGCCAGGUGCCCACCAGCAGCAACAAGGGAAAAAAAAUGUAUGCCACUGAGUUCUGAGAUUAUUUAACCUAUUAGCUGUAUAGAUGUUAUUUAUAUGUUUUCUUUUAUAAGCUUUCCCAAAUCUGGAUAAUUUGAGUUACUUGUUUGCCUUGCUACUGCUCAUUGUGAUUUGAUUUGCAACCACUCAUCUACCCAGCUGGAAAAUCUGCACUAGGUUAGCUGGCUUUGAUGUGUCAGGCAGAUCAGCUACUUGCAGGGAGUAAAUUGCUUUUCCAUCCUUAGCUGAUGCCGCACCAAUUCACAGAAAUCUGGGACUUGACUCUGUAAAUCACUUUAUUAGCACUGAGCAUGAGCUAAACACUGAGCUCAAGGAAGUUUACAGAUGCAGCCACACAGCUUCAUGCUGUUUGAGGGUAGCUCCUCAGCCUGCACCAACGUGGCCAUGGGUUUUGAUCUUUGAAGCUGCUGAGUGCCUCAGGUCCCAUAAGGGCAGGGGAGAAGCAGCAGGGCAGCACAGCCACUCUCCUGGACUAGCAGUGGCGAAGCAGGACCACCAGACCUGGCCCAGUUACACUCACAUGUGCCUGAAUGCAGGGCAGCUGAGCCCCAGGGGCAUGGGGAGCCCCCUGAGAACUGCCUGGAUAAGCAAGGAGCGAGCAGAACCAGCCCUGGAAGGCUGACUUGUUUCCUCAAAGCCCACACUCCUGUACUGCCCUCAUAGGUUUCUGAAAGUCCAUCAAAAGACAGCCUGAAUUGCAGAAAAUUCAUCUCCUGGAGGGUGGGCAUCCCUGUCAGAAGCCUCAGGCUCAUGUGGACACAGCAGCAGGCAUCCCCUAUCAUUUACAGGACCUAAGCAGCACAGACUGGGAAGCAGAGAGGAGUUGACUAAUCCAACAGUGCUUGAAGUUGCCUCCCAGCUUGGCUGGUGUGCUGGCAGUGCAGGCACGCUGCUCUGAGCCUGGGUUUCUCCUGGGCACCACUUCUGUAGAAGGAGAGCUUUGUGCAGCCUGGGUCAUGGUUAAUGUCCCAGGGUUUGUGCACUGAUCAGGGGAGCAUCAGGGCCAUGUGUACGACUGCCGAGUGGAGCACUGUCUAAUAAAAAUGCUGAAACAACCAAA